GUGUUUUUGUAUAAUGGAAUCAAAGUUUUAUGUUAGUUUGAGGCUAAUGCAUGAUUUUAAGUAUGUCUGUGAAUGGCAUGCAUCUAGUUACAGCAACUUGCAUUUUUGAUAAGCUGAAUUUCCAAUGCAAUUUUUGCACAGAUCAACAUGAAAUAAUCAGUCUGGACAUGUGAUAUAAAGUUUGUAAGUUACCUACAAGGAGAAAUGAUGGAUUGGACAAAGUUGUUCAGUGGAGCAAGGUGCGAUGCUCCACUGUUUAAUUAUGCAGUAAAACGAGCUGAUCCAAGAGACCUACGUACUGUAUUUUACAAGUAUGCUAGUGUUAAAAAAGAUGAAGAGCGUUUUAUCACUCCAACAGAUCUUAUACGAGAUCUUCUGCAAAUGGAUGCAGCAUGUUUUAAUGAAAAGACCUUAUCGUUGUUUUCUGGUGUUGUUAAUGAAUCGCGAAAUGGAUUGAUCUCCUUUGAAGAGUUCCAAGCCUUUGAAGCCAUGCUGUGCAAUGUUGAUGCAAAGUUUCGAUUGUGUUUUAACAUGUUCGACAGGGAUGGGAAAGGAACAAUAACAUUUGAUCAGUUUAAAGAAAUAAUGAGCAGUCAAACACAUGCUCAAAAAUACCCAUUCGACUUUAACUCAGAAUUCGUGACCACCUAUUUUGGCCCUGAGAAGAAAGGUGGAAUUACUUAUCCUGAAUUUACACAUUUAAUUCAGGGUUUAAAUAAAGAAUAUGUCCGACAACUGUUUCGAUCAAAAGCGAAAGAAAACGGUCAAAUAUCAGCUUUGCAAUUUUCUGAAAUCAUGAAAGUGGGAUAUAGCCAUAAGUUGACACCUUACAUUGUGGACAACAUGAUGGCGGCUGUUGGCGCUCACACUAGUAGUCGACAAGUUAGUGCUGCAUAUUGUAUGGCGUUUUAUGAUUUACUGACCAACUUAGGAAUUAUAACUAGAAUCUUCAAAGAUGCUGCAGAUAGUAAUAAAUUUACAGAAUUAACUAAAGAGGAAAUUCUUCAAGCAUCUUUAAAGUAUCCUCAGGUCACUCCAAUUCAAAUUGAGAUUUUGUUUGACAUUUGCACAGUGCCAUAUCCAGGUAAAGGAAAAGUCUCACUUGUUGAUACUUUCAAAUUAACACCAAAGAGAGAUCCACUGACUGUUUUUUCUAAGAUACACGAAUUCAAGCAUUAUGAGAAACAAGGAGAAGUAAUCGAAGAAGCGAACAAACAGCCAGUGUUCAUGCAAGUGUUAGAAUCAGGAUAUAGAUUUGGUCUCGGUUCGAUCGCAGGGGCCAGUGGUGCCGCAGCAGUAUAUCCAAUAGAUCUUGUCAAAACUCGCUUACAGAAUCAACGAAGCGUUUUAGGGUCUGAACGCUUGUACAAUAACAGUUGGGACUGCGCACGCAAAGUUCUACGGAAUGAAGGAGUCGUUGGUCUUUAUAGAGGUCUUAUACCUCAACUGAUUGGAGUGUCCCCAGAGAAAGCUAUCAAAUUAACAACAAAUGAUUUUGUACGAAGUAAAUUUACAGAUAAAGAUGGUGAAAUCCGUUUGAUUGGUGAAAUCCUUGCUGGAGGUUGUGGUGGAGGAGCACAAGUCUUGUUCACGAAUCCGAUAGAAAUUGUUAAAAUUCGUAUGCAAGUUGCAGGUGAAGCGGGUCAUAACGCGGGUGCAUUGACUCUUGUUCGUGAGCUAGGUCUGACAGGCUUAUACAAGGGUGCAAGGGCUUGCUUUCUUAGGGAUGUUCCAUUCUCUGCCAUCUACUUUCCAUGUUAUGCUCAUCUGAAAUCCAGUUCAGCAGAUAAGAACGGUUACAACAGUCCACUCACGUUGUUUACUUCAGCUCUGACUGCAGGCGUACCUGCAGCGUACCUUGUGACACCUGCCGAUGUCAUUAAGACGAGGUUACAAGUUAAAGCUCGACGAGGACAACAAACAUAUCGUGGUGUCGUUGACUGUGCACGAAAGAUCUACCAGGAGGAGGGUGGCACUGCGUUUUUCAAAGGAGGGCCAGCACGAAUAUUUCGGUCUUCCCCGCAGUUUGGUGUAACACUUUUGGUCUAUGAACUGCUUCAAAGAAUGUUUUAUAUCGACUUUGGUGGAGGUUACACAAAGACGGAAGUUACCCCAGUCAAUCCGGAAGUUUCCCUUCAUCCGGAUCAUAUCGGUGGAUUACGACUGGCUGUUUCUUCAUUUUCUGGAGUGGAAUCAAAAUUUGGAUUAAUGCUACCAAAAUUUAAUUCAGCGCCAAAGCCUUCAGCCACACCUUAGGAACAUUCAAGAAUUUAUUUGACCGGAAGUUGUUUGUAGUUGUUGGUAACCGUGCGUUCGGUUUUUGAAAAAGAUAAUGUAUUUAUUUAUAUUUCGUCGUACGUGAUCACCGUGCGUGGUGACACGGACAGCAUAUACGCUAAUACUGCGAUAUAUUUUUAGUGGUUUUGAUACUUUUUUGUACUGUGAGAAUAGCAGCAAGGAGUUCGAAACGCGAAAAAAGUUUUUACUGCUUUGUUAUUUAACAUGCAAAUUUCUUAUGUGCUCACUGUCGUCAGUUACAAAAACAGAAUUAUUUAUAUCAUAAUUUUUAUUUCUUUUUACAAAGCAAACACAAAAAUGUAGAGAAGUUAACGUUAUUUUCUUUCUCUGAUAUUCGAGUUCCCAGCAUCCGUCAUUUUGUCACUGUUGAUUAACCUUAUUCAGACUGGGGGCUUUUUUUAACCCCCCUCUCAAUUUUUUGUAACAACAGGAAAUUUGGUGGCUUUUUAUCACUUUAAGUUAGCUUCAGGAUAGUCGAAAAAAUUUCGGUGUGACGUCAUGUCUGUUAUGGUGACUCAUCGGUUAACUUUUAUUUUAAUUUUCUUCAUCUAAAACGUUUGAAACAGUGUCUUUAAUUACAAAGUUUACUCUCGCCGUUUUGGCCUGUUUUCGGGUUCGAAAAUGUAUGAUUUUACCAAAAAUAGGUCUACAUGUUUGGGACUUUUCGGGAUUCAUUUUUACAAAUUUUUCUUUGUUUGUGCUUCCGAACCUUUUUAUGUUGUUAAAAUAAUAAUAGUAAAUAUCCGUUUAAAAAAAUUUUAAAAAAUAGCUAAAUACAUUUGAAAUUGUAUAAAAAACAUUCUCCUUACCAGAGCUCUUUGAGAUAAACCUCGGUUAAGAGCCUCGCCUUAAGCCUCGCUUUCAAAUAUGCCUUGUUUGUACAGGGACGUUUUUUUUGUUGCGCAUGUGCCCUGGGUGGUUUCCCGUUUUUUACAAAAUCUGGCAUUGCGAAUUAAAAAGCAUACUGGAUAUGGUGAAAGAAAAACAAUUUUUUGUCAACUAAAUACUGUUUUUAGACCAAAAUUGGUCCGAAAAAUAAACAGGCUUUGUUUAUCGUUAAAAGUUGGCAUAGUAAAUAUACUAAAGUCAAAAUAUUGAUUUUUCGUCACCUUAAUUAUGAUUUGGGCCAAAUUAUGAUUCACUCAUGCUUAAUUAUGAUAUCAUGACGGUAUUGGUAUUUUUUUAACCAAAAUUUAGAUAUAACAUUUGCUUUUUUUUAGGUUAUAGGUAUAUUUCGCCGUUAUAUAAAUGUUACAGGUUAAAAUAUCUUGUAGUAUAUACAAAAAUGGCAGGAGCAAAAAGGAAGGCACAAAUUGCCUUAUCACUAAGCCCCGUUGUUAAGCAAAAAGAAAGAGAGAGUUAAAAU